UAUGAGUUACGUCGCAAAAUGUUCGAUCUGUAAGGAAGUCCUUGCCUACAAUCGAUCGCACACAUCCCUUCUGAUUCAGCACCUGAUAGAACAACACCCCGACAAACCGUUCAAGCUAGUUCGCGCAAAGAAAGAGAAAAUCUACCAGGACCACCCUUUGAAAAACGAUUCAGAAAUGGCUCAUAAAGUGGCUAAAGUUGGUGCUCCCAAGUCAGCCAGAGAUAUUCAGAGGCAACUUAGAACAAGUUUAGGGCAGAAAGCGGAUGAAAAUCUUCCGACAAAGUCGGACUUCCUAACGCGCCACCCAAGACAACGGAGGAUGUUCUAUAAAACUACCGUGGCCUCGUGGCGUCCCGCCCGGUCCCGCGUCAGCUGUCCCGAGUGUGGCCAACAGCGACUUCCCACAAUUCGGUCCACGGCGGAUCGGUACUCCAGCUCGGCAGCCGGUGCCGCCUGGGUUAUGACCUGUUGGCCGUUCUGCUUUCUGCCGUGUCUGUUCACCUCGCCCACCAAGCACCAUCUGCACUGUUCCGGGUGCGAUGCCUAUCUGGGGCUGUACGAUCCGGACCGGGAAGUGGUGGGCGUUAAUCGGAAGGUGCGCCGAACGGUGCGGUACCGGGAAGUCGAGUCGAAACGAUGAGAUGCUGAGCAUUUUGUAGGGAAACGGUUGAUUUGAGAAUGAGCUAACACGUUGUGAUAUCAAUUGAGUUGCGUAGAAGAUUGCAUGCAAGCUGAUUGAAUGCGACAUCUAGUAUU